AUGUUUUUAGAACAACCGACAGUCGAUCGAUCGCAACCUAGGACUUUGGUCGGAAAAGCGACAAACGACAACAUAAUCAUGAACGACAUCAUGAUGGAUGAAAUUAUUGGAGAAGACAAGGCGGAAGAUGUCGACACCGUCAUCGAGGAUGCCGUAUCCAUCAGCACGGACGUGGUUGAAGAAGUGGACGAGGUAGAGCUUUCACGCCUCCAACUUCAAUCUGAACCGCGGCCAUUCGAGAAGCGAUGCAACUGUUUAGAAGACGAGAAACACUUGGCUAUUUCGGAAACCAAAGACGACGAAUCUUCUCAAGCCUCAUCACUAGAGUAUCCUUCGACAUCAAAAACGGACCAAAAUUCCAUAGAAUUGAAGAAAGAUUCUACCGAUGUACAUGUAAAGGUGUACGAAAAAGGGACAACUGACAAGGACAAUUCGGAUUUAGAGGAGGACGAUACUGCGGACGCUGGUCCUAGUUCAACUGCAAAGAAAUUUGGUCCAAAUUCAGCUAUGAAGGAAGCUAGUACGAACUCAACAACGUCGAAAGCAGGCGAAAGUGAAGCGGAAUCUGAAGAGGAGGUGAUUAUUGAUGUCGUCCAACUGGAUGUGCAGCCCAACUCGCCUGCCAAAAACAUCGAGACACUCGAUCCAUCGUUAAUUGCUCCGAAGUCCAUCAUGUAUGCCGACACCUCUUCUGAUGAGAUUAGCGACGAGGAAGAAAGUCAUGAGACUAUGCCGCCCAUUCAACGAUCUCAGGGAAUCGUAAACAUUCAUGAAGAAUCGACGACGGUAACAACAAUCAUGUUAGGAGUAGACUCACAUCCGUCAAAUCAGUUCUCGUCAGUGGCGGUUAAGAUGAAUUUUGACGCAAGAGAAGCAAUGACUGACGAAGAGUUCUCCGAGAAACUUAUCUGA